CUGAACCUCGUUAACUUCCUGAGAAAGGUCGAAAAGACGCACUUCUGGUUUUUAAAGGGAAGAGACAUAACUGUAAUCAAAGUAAAUGGCCGUGUAUAUAAUGGUCAAGAAUCCUAGUGGUCAUUAUUUAUUUUUGUUUCUCUAAACAAACAUCUUUCCAAACUUCCCAGGAUAUAGCAAAGCAUUUCAAUAAACGGUGCCGUCCCUUCGCCAUGCCAAACAAAUGGAAGAAAGUCAAAGACAUCCUCUUGCAAGAUGGUUAUAAAAAGCUUAUAAGACCAACUGUUCCCGUCCAUAAAACCGCCUUUCCCAAAACGACGCCUGAAUUGGAAAAGUUGGGAGUGCGAUUUGACUACGCCGGUACUAUCGAAGAAGACGAAAAGAAGUUCCAUCGAUUCCAAGUGCAGGUGAAUUCUGGAAACAAGAUACCAACUUCUUGGAAACAGUGGAGACAGAAACAUAAAGAAGGGACCCAUGGCAACGUUGCUACCAUCAAGGUGCCUGAUGGCGGGACUAAGGAGGAUGUUCAGGCGGCUCUUGAUGCGGUUGAUAAAGAAAUCGACUGAUUUCAUUUCGUAUUUCUGUUACUCAAUUCCGGAAACCACCUAGUUACCAAGUCUAUGUUCAGUGUUUGUUGCUGUUAUUUUACUGAAAUGGCUGCAUGAAUGUGAGACAUCGAGAAUUGUCGUGUUUCUGAUAUGGAGAUAAGUCCUAGAUAGUGAGUUUUAGGCAACGUUUAGGUGUUAGUAUUAAUCACUCCGCAAAGGGGUUGACGAAAGGCACUAUAAUCUAGUCCAUGACUUCUGAGCAUAGUUCCUGGGGUUGGACCCUGCAUUGUCCAAAUCCGCGAAUGCGAGAUCGGAGAUAAUAAUGUCCAGUCUGCGGACCUUUCCACUGCUCUUUCAGCUCUCCCCGGUUCGAGGAGAAAAAUCGUAGGCGGAACAACUAGGCAUUUGAUAAAUGUAUUAUUAUUCAAAUCUACAAGUACCAGAGAC